CACUGCCAGUCUGGGAACCGCAACGACCGCGUCUUGCCCGGCCCCGCCCCGGCCCCACCGGCUUUCCUGAGACCCGCCUUCUGUCAUUCGGGGCUCCGCCUCCGAGUCUUUAGGCUCCGCCCCUAGAACCUGGGCACCUGAGCUCCCCUGUCAGCCUGACCCGCCUCCCCCCGUGGCCAGAUACCCUAGGUCCAGGAACCCUGGGUCUCCCAGGCCUGGUUCUCGUCUCUCUCUCCCUCCGUUUCUUGAGGCUGCUUGCCAGUGGGCGGUGAGGCAGCACCUCUGGCUUGCCGCUUGCUGGCUCCCCCAUGAGGAAGGGUGGGCUGUGAUCAGGAAGGCGGGUAGGACCACAGAUGGAGGCUUUUGUAGCCGCAGCCUUCAGCAAGGCACACUCCUAGACUGCCUCUGAGCUCGAAUAGCAGGCAUGGAGAAGUGUCAUUGAAACCUGGGCCCGGCUCCCUAAGUGGGCCCAGACGGCUCAACCUGACAUUUCUGUUGCUUGGGCCCAUUUGACGCUCACUGACUCUGAGGCCUGCACUGGCCUGAUUCUAUCCCCAUUGUGUGGACUCCUCCCACUAACCUGCACCCCGCUUGGUGUCAAGUACACUCAGCAGAACAUGUCCAGCCCUGCUGCCUUCUGAUCACAGGUUGUGGUCCCCUCCCUCUUGUCCUCUGCUCUGGACUCUGCCCCAGUAAACAGGUCAGGUGGGUGCUACUCACAGACUCAGAGGCUGGCCCUGCGCUCCUCUGGUGGAUUUAUGUUUCCACCAGGGCCAGAAAUGAGUCCUGGCUGUGCAGCCUCUGUCUCUUCAGAGUUGGCAGGUCUUUUGCUCUCCCACAAAGAACAGGGUUUGGAGUGUUUUACUUCUCCUUCUGGGUCCGGGAAUCGGGAUGCUUGAGUCCUGCUCCAGAACUUUGUUGCUGCCUUCUUGCUCUGCAGAAUCACUUGUUGCUUUCUCCCCGUGUAGCUCCCACUGCCUCUGUCUGGCAUGGUGAGUUGUGGAGAGACUGGAAUCACUGUGAAGAAGUGAGAAACAGGCAGCCAGGACCCUCACCACGGUAGAAUGGGUGAGGAGGGGCCCCCCAGCCUGGAGUACAUCCAAGCCAAGGAUCUGUUCCCCCCCAAGGAACUGGUGAAAGAGGAGGAGAAUCUGCAGGUGCCCUUCACUGUGCUGCAGGGUGAGGGAGUGGAGUUUCUGGGCCGCGCAGCCGAUGCCCUCAUCGCUAUCUCCAACUACCGGCUGCAUAUCAAGUUCAAGGACUCUGUCAUCAACGUCCCCCUCCGGAUGAUUGACAGCGUGGAGAGCCGUGAUAUGUUCCAGUUGCACAUCGCCUGCAAGGACUCCAAAGUGGUGAGGUGCCACUUCUCCACUUUCAAGCAGUGCCAAGAGUGGCUCACGCGGCUAAGCCGGGCCACAGCGAGACCUGCCAAGCCUGAGGACCUCUUUGCCUUUGCCUACCAUGCCUGGUGCCUGGGGCUGACCGAGGAGGACCAGCACACCCACCUGUGUCAGCCAGGAGAGCAUAUACGAUGUCGGCAGGAGGCUGAGCUGGCGAGGAUGGGCUUUGACCUGCAGAACGUCUGGAGGGUCUCGCAUAUCAACAGCAACUACAAAUUGUGUCCCAGUUACCCCCAGAAGCUGCUGGUUCCCGUGUGGAUCACAGAUAAAGAGCUGGAGAAUGUGGCUUCCUUCCGCUCCUGGAAGCGCAUCCCUGUGGUUGUGUAUAGACACCUGCGCAACGGGGCUGCCAUCGCCCGCUGCAGCCAGCCGGAGAUCAGCUGGUGGGGCUGGCGCAAUGCUGACGAUGAGUAUUUAGUCACGUCCAUCGCUAAAGCCUGUGCCCUGGACCCAGGGACAAGGGCCACCGGGGGUUCCCUCAGCACUGGGAAUAGUGAUGCCAGCGAGGCAUGUGACGCGGACUUCGAUUCCUCCCUGACCGCGUGCUCUGGGGUGGAGAGCACGGCCGCCCCGCAGAAGCUGCUCAUCCUGGAUGCCCGAUCCUACACGGCGGCCGUGGCCAACCGGGCCAAGGGUGGAGGUUGUGAAUGCGAAGAGUACUACCCCAACUGUGAGGUCGUGUUCAUGGGAAUGGCCAACAUCCAUGCUAUCCGGAACAGCUUCCAGUACCUGCGGGCAGUGUGCAGCCAGAUGCCCGAUCCCAGCAACUGGUUGUCAGCACUGGAGAGCACCAAAUGGCUGCAGCACCUGUCGGUGAUGCUGAAGGCGGCUGUGCUCGUGGCUAACACAGUGGACCGGGAGGGCCGGCCCGUGCUGGUGCACUGCUCCGACGGCUGGGACCGGACGCCGCAGAUUGUGGCCCUGGCCAAGAUACUCCUGGACCCGUAUUACAGGACGUUGGAGGGCUUCCAAGUGUUAGUAGAAUCCGACUGGCUGGAUUUUGGGCACAAAUUUGGAGACCGCUGUGGCCACCAGGAGAACGCAGAGGACCAGAACGAGCAGUGUCCUGUGUUCCUCCAGUGGCUCGAUUCCGUCCACCAGCUGCUCAAGCAGUUCCCCUGCCUGUUCGAGUUUAACGAAGCCUUCCUGGUAAAGCUGGUGCAGCACACGUACUCCUGCCUCUACGGCACGUUCCUGGCCAACAACCCCUGUGAGCGAGAGAAGCGCAACAUCUACAAGCGGACCUGCUCUGUGUGGGCCCUUCUGCGAGCCGGCAACAAGAACUUCCACAAUUUCCUCUACACGCCAGGCUCGGAAAUGGUCCUGCAUCCCGUGUGUCAUGUCCGGGCACUGCACCUCUGGACGGCUGUUUAUUUGCCCGCGUCAUCUCCGUGCACACUCGGGGAGGAGAGCGUGGACCUUUACCUUUCGCCGGUGGCUCAGAGCCAGGAGUUCUCUGGCCGCUCUCUGGACAGAUUACCUAAAACGAGGUCCAUGGAUGAUCUGCUUUCUGCCUGUGACACAAGCAGCCCCCUGACGCGCACAUCCAGUGACCCCAACCUGAAUAACCACUGUCAGGAGGCCAGGGUGGGCCUGGAGCCCUGGCCUAGCGAUCCCGAGGGAUCAGAGACAGCCUUCCUGGAACCUGGGGUAGGAGGUCCUCAGCAGACUGUAGGAGAAAUGGGCCUUCCUCCCUCUCUGCCCAGCAGCCAGAAAGACUACUUGAGCAAUAAACCUUUCAAGAGUCCCAAAAGCUGUUCUCCAAGUUACCACCCGCUUAAUGCCACAGCGCCCCAGGACCCGGAAAGCAGCGCCUCUGACCCUGAGAUCAAAGUCCUGGAAGAGACUGAGGCGCCAGCUCCAGACCUUCCUGCCCGGGAUGAGCUGGGUAGGACUUUAGCCGGCACAGAGGAGCCCCCCAAUCACAAAAAAGCAGCUCUCCGUGUGCUCUCUCAAGUCACUUCCAGCAAGUGUGAUGGAACUUGUGAUCUUCCCGAGUCUUCCCAGGUCACCCUCCCAGGUGCCCCCCCGCAGGCCCAGCCAGACUCUGUGCUCUCCAGACGCGCUCCACAUCCCAGUCUGGGCACCCUCUGUGGCCCACCCAGUGCUAGCUGCCAAACGCCUCUGGACCCAAGCUCUGACUUGCUCAACCAAGACCCCCUGGGGUCUGUGGCAAGUAUGUCUCACCAGGAACAGCCCAGUUCUGUGCCAGAUCUGAUUCCUGGGGAAGAAGACAUAGGCAGACGAGGGAAUAGUAGGAAUGGGCAGUUAGCGGAAAACCCUCGCUUUGGGAAAGUGCCAUUGGAAUUGGCCCGGAAGCCAAUUUCUCAGAGCCAGAUCAGUGAGUUCUCUUUUUUAGGGUCCAACUGGGACAGCUUCCAAGGGAUGGUGACUUCAUUCCCGAGCGGGGAGACCACCCCUCGGCGGCUGCUCUCCUAUGGCUGUUGCAGCAAGAGGUCGGGCAGUAAGCAGAUGCGGGCAGCAGGGCCCUGCCUUGGGGGCCAGUGGGCUCAGAGAGAAGGGGUGAAGUCACCGGUCUGUUCUAGUCAUUCCAGUGGACACUGUACUGGUCCAGGAGGAAGGAACAACAGGAUGUGGUUGUCUGGCCACCCAAAGCAGGUCGCCAGCACAAAGCCUGUUCCCCUGAGCUGCCCUUCUCCAGUGCCUCCUCUCUACCUGGAUGACGAUGGACUCCCCUUUCCCACGGAUGUGAUCCAGCACAGAUUACGGCAAAUUGAAGCAGGGUACAAGCAAGAGGUGGAGCAGCUACGGCGACAGGUGCGUGAGCUUCAGAUGAGGCUGGAUAUCCGUCACUGCUGUGCCCCUCCAGCAGAGCCCCCCAUGGACUAUGAGGAUGAUUUUACGUGUUUGAAGGAGUCAGAUGGCAGUGAUACAGAAGACUUUGGCUCUGAUCACAGUGAAGAUUGCCUUUCAGAAGCAAGCUGGGAACCUGUUGAUAAGAAAGAGACUGAGGUGACUCGCUGGGUUCCAGACCAUAUGGCAUCACAUUGCUAUAACUGUGACUGUGAAUUCUGGUUGGCCAAACGCAGACACCAUUGCAGAAACUGUGGGAAUGUAUUUUGUGCUGGCUGCUGCCACCUGAAGCUGCCCAUUCCUGAUCAACAACUCUAUGACCCAGUUCUCGUCUGUAACUCAUGUUACGAACAUAUCCAAGUAUCGCGGGCCAGGGAACUCAUGAGCCAGCAUCUGAAGAAACCCAUUGCCACAGCUUCCAGUUGAAUGCCAGAGGAGGCGACCUGUCCGAUUUCAGCAGGUUUGAAGGGAGGAGCUGCUUCAGGUGUAGUUUGGAAGGUUCCUUGGUGUGGCUCAUGAAAUCACAGAGCUCAAAGAUACGGCCUUGAGAAAUCCUCCUUGGUACCACGAGACUGGAGCAGAGAAAUUCCAAUUUGGCAGGAGGUCCUCCCCUGGUGAGACUCCCACCUUGGGGUAAUAAUGGUCCUGAUCCAGACCUAGAGUCUGGGAGUGUCAUGUUGAGUUGGCGACUCCAGUUUCUUUCUCCUGGGGUCACAAGACGAUGAUUUCAUAGAUACUGCCCGCUGAUGCGUGCCCCCAACAGCAAUAGAAAGGCAUAUGUAUAACCAAACUCCAAGUGAUAACCAGGUCCAUCUCUCCUCCACCUUGAAAAAAGCAGAUUAUAGUACCUAAGAUAGGAAUUCCUCUCCUAUUUGAAAUGAACUAUACCCUGUACCUCUGUGCUCUGUGUCCGUGCAUGAAGGCUCAGUCUUUAGAGGCAUUCCCUCUAGUUGCAUUAGUUCUGUCUUUCUGUGGAGUUUGGUUUACAGACUGGUUCAGCAAGUAGAGGUUUUGCUGUAAUUUUUCACUUGGCUCAUCAGCCAGCAUCGGUGAACAUCCAGUUUAGGGGGACAGUUCUAGGGAGGGAGACUUUUCUGGGAGCAGAGGAAAACGUUGCUGAUGGUCCGUGCUGGCAUACAUCAGUCCUUUUGAGCUGGGAAGGCAGGAGUCAUCUUUACUAGGUGGCAGCUCUCGAGGUAUGCACUGUGAAGAAUGAGAAGGGAGAAGCAGAAAUUAUUCUUGUGAAAUAUUUGCUGAUUGUGCCCCACCCUUUGCGCCUGACUUUUCCUAGUUGUCCUGGUGCUAACACAGGAGCUACACCUUGAUCCUCUCCUGGCAUGAAAAUAAAACAUUGGGGGUUUUGGGUUUUUUUGUUUUUUUUUUUUUUUUUUUUUUAAUUGUCGUUCCAUUGCCCACGUCCCUCAUGUCGUCUUUCCCUUGGCUGCUGCCUCCUCUGGGUCACACUGCUUCUUAUCCUGAACACUUGACACCUUGAGGGUAGAAUUUAGCAUUUGGUUUUUACCUCUUAGAAUACGCUGUUUGGUAUGUGAGGGUUUCAGUACAAAUGCUGCUGUCUAUUUCUGUGCACUUAACAAUGGAACCCAAACAGAAGAGAAUAAAGCCUGGAUACCAAAAUUGGGAGAGAAAAUGUGUCCAUGUGGACCAAACAUUGUUUUUUUGUUUCAUUUUUUUCUUUUUCUUUCUUUUUUCAUCUUAAUCUAUACCAGUGGCACUUAACCAAAAGAUACACUGACAUAGCCAUGUACUGUGUUUGGGACAGAUACAGUCUCCUUGACCUAUAAUAAAACCAGUAGGAUUUCCUUUUACAUUUUCCUUCAUUCAUUGGUAUGUAAAAGAUAAAUUCCACUUCAGCUUAGCCUGUUUUAAAACUAUGGUAGCUAACUGCUACUUGUUCAUGUUGUUUCCUAGAAAAAAAAAAAAAUGUCUUUCCUUUGAAAAUAACUAGGAUCUGCAUGUGGAGCAAGAAUUGUUACUUGUCCUGACCUUUCUUCAGCUCUACAGAGAAGCAUCUGUGCUUUUAUACUUGCCAUGGAUGUAACCUAAAAAGUUUUGGCGUAUUUAGGUCAGUCUAGCAGAACUUUUUUUCAUUUAAAUGGAGUUGAAUAAUGGAGAUUUUGUGUCUGGGAAAUUCCUGAGAUCACUGAAAAAGUAACAAACUCUUCCUUGUCUCUGAUAGGUAAAAUUCUUCUAAGCAUUUUUCUCAGUCUUUAAAAUUUACUGCCAGUUGUGAGUGGCUUUUUAAUUAACUUGACUUUCACUGCAUUUCACUCUGCCCAUUUUCAGGGGGGAGUCAGAUUGGCAACAUUUGAGGAGACUGUAUUUGUCUACUUUGUGUGGCUGUUUUGAGGGACUGUCCCAUCAGUGAACAUACUGCAUGGCCUUGGAGAGAGACUCUGGGCUCUCGGCUCAGAUGUGUUCAUCAAAUACUCCUCUCAGAGCUCUUGUGGGUGUAAGUGACAUGAUGUGGCCAAAAAUCCAAACUGUGCAGUUGCGUUGUGACAAACAUGCAAUGUGCUGUAAAAACUCAAUACAAUUUAAAUAAAAUCUCUAUAUUAGU